AUGGGAUCCACACUGAACACACGCACAAUCUUCAUGCAUUCUCCCAUACAAAGACCACCUUCCCUCUUGCCUCACGUGCACAUCCUGAUCCCAAAUCCGCAUGGCAUGCCAGCAGUACUCACGGACGCCAGCAUCGAAGUUGCCGUUGGGGAGCAGCACGCAGUGCAGAGGAUCGUCAGUAUCCCGACACCCGAUGGGGUCCACACUCAACACACGCACGUGCCGCAGGUCCUCCCUCUCGCAGGUCCUCCCUCUCGCAGGUCCUCCCUCUCGCAGGUCCUCCCUCUCGCAGGUCCUCCCUCUCGCAGGUCCUCCCUCUCGCAGGUCCUCCCUCUCGCAGGUCCUCCCUCUCGCAGGUCCUCCCUCUCGCAGGUCCUCCCUCUCGCAGGUCCUCCCUCUCGCAGGUCCUCCCUCUCGCAGGUCCUCCCUCUCGCAGGUCCUCCCUCUCGCAGGUCCUCCCUCUCGCAGGUCCUCCCUCUCGCAGGUCCUCCCUCUCGCAGGUCCUCCCUCUCGCAGGUCCUCCCUCUCGCAGGUCCUCCCUCUCGCAGGUCCUCCCUCUCGCAGGUCCUCCCUCUCGCAGGUCCUCCCUCUCGCAGGUCCUCCCUCUCGCAGGUCCUCCCUCUCGCAGGUCCUCCCUCUCGCAGGUCCUCCCUCUCGCAGGUCCUCCCUCUCGCAGGUCCUCCCUCUCGCAGGUCCUCCCUCUCGCAGGUCCUCCCUCUCGCAGGUCCUCCCUCUCGCAGGUCCUCCCUCUCGCAGGUCCUCCCUCUCGCAGGUCCUCCCUCUCGCAGGUCCUCCCUCUCGCAGGUCCUCCCUCUCGCAGGUCCUCCCUCUCGCAGGUCCUCCCUCUCGCAGGUCCUCCCUCUCGCAGGUCCUCCCUCUCGCAGGUCCUCCCUCUCGCAGGUCCUCCCUCUCGCAGGUCCUCCCUCUCGCAGGUCCUCCCUCUCGCAGGUCCUCCCUCUCGCAGGUCCUCCCUCUCGUAGAUCCUCCCUCUCGCAGGUCCUCCCUCUCGUAGGUCCGUGA